UUGUAAGUAAACAGCAAUAAGCAGCUUUCAUUGGUUUUCAUCAUUUUUCAUUGGUUUUCGUGUUUGGAGAAGUUGAUGACAGUGGUAUUAUUUGUUAAUAAAGUAUUGCAGUUGAUCAUAUCUAUCGACAAUGGCUGAGUUUGCAUUGAAAAUCAAGACAUUGACAGACAAUAAGUUAGUGCCAGUGCAGUGGAGUGAAGAAUUAUCAGCCGAAGAUGUAUGCAUUACGUUGUGCAAGCAGCUCAACAUCAGCACAGUUGCAAGACAUCUUUUUGCUUUGAGGGAAUCAACAAAGUGUGUGUAUUUGCAUCCUUCUGCAACUUUUGAGCCUAAAUCCACAUCUACAUUUGAUUUGAGAAUAAGAUUUAAAGUUGGAGAUAUCUUGUGGCUGAAGAAGAUUGAUAUUAAAGCUUUCGACUACUACUUCCAUCAGGCCAGAAAUGAUGUGCUGGAUAGUAAGAUUCCAGACUUGGUAUUUGAGAAAUACAGAAGAGAACUGAUGGGAUUGGGUGUAACAGAUAUGUAUAGAGUGAUGUUGGAGAAGGACAUACCCCGGGAAUCUGUGGAGAGUGAAUACAAGAAAUAUAUACCUAAAGAGGUGCUCAAGAAGCAUAUGUUCUUCAUCAAGAAACCAAUACAUGAAAUUUUAGGAAAAAUUGGAAAAUCUGGUCACGAUGCUUGGUAUGUAAAGGAGGAAUAUUUGAAGCAGUUAGAAAUGAUGUCAUCAGAUUAUCCGAUCGAGGAAUACAAAGCUUUAACAGAUCAGAAUGGUUCUUUGGUGCAUAUAAUUAUUAGAGUUACUCCAUUCCACCCCACUGAACCCGGCGUAAAAUACUGCAUAGACUCCAAACGCGAGAAAUGGGUUUUAAUAUGUUCGAUUGAAGAGUUGGGUUUCAUAUCAAUAAGGAUGGAUUGCACUGUGGAAAUAUAUAGGAAAAACGGUAUUCCUUUUUACAUGAAAUUCACAAGUCUAUCGAAGAUGUAUUCAUUUGUCAGCCUAUUAGAUGGUUACUAUAGGUUGUCAGUAAAGUGGACAUUUAACAUUUGCAAAGAAGUUUCCACACCUUCACUGCAGAGAUUACAGGCCAUGAAGUGUCAUGGUCCUGUUGGGGGUGAAUUUUCUUAUGCAAAACUUGAAGAGAAACGAGGGAACAAACCUGGUUGUUUUAUUUUACGUGAAAGUGAAUCCAAAUAUAAUAUUAUUUUCGUGGACGUUUGUAUGAAAGACAGUUUGAAACCAAAAACAUAUAAAAUCGAAAGACUGAGUGAAGAAGAAUUUAUAUUCAACGACGAUUUAACUAGGUACAGUAGUAUCGGCCAAUUGAUGAGUUCCUAUGGAGAUCCCCAAAAACCGAUUUACCUCUUGGAAUGUUUGCCUCCGUCGGAAUACGAUAAAUCUCCUCUUUUACUGUGCAAAGAGGUGAACAUGUCCGGAGAUUCGCUUACGGACGGCGCCGAAGACACAUCGAUCCCGUCGGUUCCAGUCUGCAUAAACAUCAAAGAUCUCCAAGUCUACAAAACUCAAAAAAAAGAGGGGUCUGAAGGUUUUACGUCCAUCUAUAAGGGGAUGUGGCGACACGCGAAAGGGAAGAAAAUGGAAAUUGCUAUGAAAAUCUUAAAAACAGAACAUCGAGAGCGGUUUUUGAAGGACUUUUUGGAAAUGGCAGGAAAGUGGGCAUUUGUGCAGUCGAACGUGAUAGUUCGUUUCUUUGGUUUGACUUUAACUAGCCAAUUAUCAGUGAUCUUGGAGUUCGUUCGUCUAGGACCAUUAGAUCAAUAUUUGAGAGAUAAUAUCAAUAUUAUAAAAGCUGUUGAUCUCGUUGAGGCAGUAUCCAAUCUUGCAUCGGCACUUUGGCAUUUGUCUGAAAAUGGUAUAGUCCAUGGUCAUAUAAGGUGUAGGAAAUUGCUAGUGAGUUGUCAUGAUCAGAAUUCGUUUACUGUGAAAUUGGCUGAUCCUGGAAUACAUUCCGAAUAUUUACCUGAAGAGGUCCAUUGGCUUCCGCUUGAAUGUUAUCCUAAUAUGAAUUAUUCGAUAAAUGCGAAGACAACUGCUGCCGAUGUCUGGGCUUUUGGAACAACUGUUUGGGAGAUCUUCAUGUACGGUGAAAGUAUUAAACGCACAGAUCAUGUUAACGCGAAGAAAUUUUAUGCGAGUGGCAAAAGAUUGUCGCAGCCUCAAAAUUGUCCGUCUGAUAUUUACAAGCUGAUGUUGGAAUGCUGGGACGCGGACAUGCAUCGACGGAAGCAACCGCAAGCUAUUUCCAGAGAUAUUAACCAAAUUCUAUAUCAAGUUUACAAUUCGAGACGUGUACAUGCUUAUGCAAAGAUUAAAAAUUUGUAUAGUCAUAGUACAGAAAGUAUUUACUCAAAUUAUACAGAAAGUACGAAUGUCACCAAUCAAGAGGAUUUAAUUUCUGUGUUCGAUAUGCACGAAAACGAUUCGGAUUUAUCGAAAGAUAGUCUGUGGAGCGUAAAUUCCUGGUCGAAUCAAGAUGCCACUAACAAUGAAGCUUGCGGAUUAUCAAGUAUGAUGAGCAACUUUAAUUAUUCUACGGCCACAACAUCUCUGGAAAGUAUAAACGCAAUUCAGAGUAUUUUUGAAUUGGACGAUGAUUGCAAUGUCGUCUUGCAAGGCAGAAUCGGACAGGGAUUUUACGGAGAAGUGUAUAAAGGAACUUUGGAGCAUAUCGGAGACAAGGAAAGUCCUCCCCAAUUGGUGGCUAUUAAAAAAUUAAAAUCAUCGGCGGUUUCAUCUUGUCUUCAAGAUUUCGAAAGAGAAAUUUCUAUUAUGAAGACAUUAAAGCAUCCCAAUAUUGUACAAAUACUUGGUGUUCUACAGGAGCCGGAAAUUUCAUUGGUUAUGGAAUUUGUGAACCACGGAUCGCUUCAAAGCUAUUUAAAAAUUUAUAAAGAUACCCUGACUAGUAAGCAGCUGUUGAAGUAUGCAAGUGAUAUUGCUGAGGGUAUGCAUUAUCUUGGGUCAAAGAAUAUUGUCCACAGGGAUUUAGCCGCUAGGAACAUUUUGGUGGUCGAUGAAAAUCACGUGAAGAUAUCCGAUUUUGGUUUAGCGCAAGUUGUUAUCAAUGAUUAUUACAUUCUGACGACGGUCCGAGAAUUGCCCAUAAAAUGGUAUGCUUUGGAGAGUCUUCGAGACGGAAAGUUUUCUAUCAAAUCUGACGUUUGGUCCUAUGGAGUUACAAUGUGUGAAAUGUUUUCGAAUGGCGAUGAGCCAAAUUUGCCGGUAUCAGAGACUGAAGGUCAGGAACAGCAGAUAUUGUUAGAUGCCCUAGAGAAGGGUACAAGAUUUCCGUGUCCGCUAAAGUGUCCUCAAUCUGUGUACGUAAGGGUGAUUUAUCCUUGUUGGUAUAAGGACCCUCAUAUAAGGCCGAGUUUCCAAGAGAUAGGAGUCGAAAUAGAAAAGUUGUUGAAGGAAUAUUAAAUUUUAAAAUUGACUAUUUAUAAAUAUAUACAUUUGUUAAAAAUAUAUUUGUAAUU